AUGGAUAUUGGUGGCCUGACGACAGUGGUGUCCAACUCUGCCUACAUCUCAGCCCGCGGGAGCCUUGACGGUACUACUAACCCAACUGCCAACCGUGACAAGAAGUACCAUGCCCGCCUCAAGCUGCCACAUAUCACAAUAUGUGAGGGUCUGAGGGAGACUUUGGACCUGGGCUUCCAAACCGUCUGCGUGGAGCAACCUCUUGGCAAACGCCUCUUCCAAGAGUUCCUAAACUCCAACAAUGAGUUCAAAGGCCCUUGUCGCCUGUGGAAAGACAUCGAGGAAUACAACAUGGCCGAGGACCAGGAGCGAGUCCAUAAAGCAAGCAAGAUCUUGUCCCGGUACAUGGAGCCUGACGCCAAGUAUUUCUGCCCAUUCCUGCCCGAGAAUGGCAUCACGAAAGUAAAGGAUAAGCACCAGAAAGCAGGGGAUGACCUCUUAAACGAAACCCUGGACUGUGUGAUGGAUUUCCUGAAGGAAGUGCCCUACACCUUUUUCCUGGAGAGCAUGUACCUCAAGAGGUUUUUGCAGUGGAAGUGGCUGGAGAUGCAGCCCAUGGAGGAGGACUGGUUCCUGGAUUUCCGUGUGUUAGGGAAAGGGGGUUUUGGAGAGGUGUCUGCCUGUCAGAACAAGGCCACAGGGAAGCUGUACGCUUGCAAGAAGCUCAACAAAAAGAGGCUGAAGAAGAGGAAAGGUUAUGAGGGGGCCAUGGUGGAAAAGAGAAUUCUGGCUCGCGUCCACAGCAGGUUCAUCGUCUCCCUGGCUUAUGCCUUUCAGACAAAGACCGAACUCUGUCUCGUCAUGACUAUCAUGAACGGAGGAGACCUGAGGUAUCAUAUCUACAAUGUGGAUGAGAACAAUCCUGGGUUUGACGAGCCGCGGUCCUGUUACUAUGCUGCUCAGAUCAUCCAGGGCCUGGAGCACCUCCACCAGAAGAGAAUCAUCUACCGGGACCUCAAACCCGAGAAUGUGCUGCUGGAUAACGAAGGUAACGUCCGUAUCUCUGACCUUGGUCUGGCUGUGGAGCUGGCGGACGGUCAGCACAAAAUUAAAGGCUAUGCUGGAACUCCAGGUUUCAUGGCACCAGAGCUGCUAAAGGGCGAGGAGUAUGACUACACGGUAGACUACUUUACUCUGGGGGUCACACUCUAUGAAUUCAUGGCUGCUAAAGGACCUUUCAGGACUCGAGGAGAAAAGGUUGAGAACAAGGUGGUGAAGAAACGAAUUCUGAAUGAUCCGGUGACAUACCCAGAGAAGUUCAGCGAGAAUGCCAGGUCCAUUUGUGAAAGUCUGCUUUGCAAAGAGGUUGACAAGAGGCUGGGGUUCAAAGACGGUUCUUGUGAUGAGCUCAGGGCUCACCCCUUCUUUGGUGAACUCAACUGGAGGGAGCUGAAUGCAGGGAUUUUGCUACCCCCAUUCAUACCAGACUCCAAGACGGUGUAUGCCAAGAAUAUAGAUGAUGUGGGGGCCUUUUCCACAGUCAAAGGAGUGCAACUGGAGGACCCGGAUGGGAAAUUCUUCGACGAGUUUGCCUCGGGUAACAUCUCCAUCCCCUGGCAGGAGGAGAUGAUCAAGAUGGGCAUCUAUGGUGAGCUAACAGUGUGGGGCCCCGACGGAGGCUUGCCCAAUGACCUGCGUCGUGAAUCCAUCCUGGAGCAGCCGACGAAGUCCUCGACAUGCUGCAUGUCAUAA